ACUCAAACUAAUUUAGCGCACUGACUGUGUCAGACACAGAGAGAGAGACAGGACAUCAACCCGUUGUUUUGAAGGACGAGCUCACUGGAUUAUCUCCCGGUAGUUUGACACAACAGUUGUUUGCUCCAAUCGAUCAUGCGAGUUUUUACUUGAGCGGAUCAGAAAAUAUCGUCUCUCUUUUUUUGUUGUUGUUGGUGAAAGAAGAUUGUUUGACUUCACAGCACGACUUCAAUGCCAAAUUCAGCAAUGAUGAGCAAAAACGGAAUGGUGACAAAAAUCCACACGAGGAUAAGAGCUGACCCGUUCACAGCCAAUUACGAGUUGGUCGGCAAAGAGCUGGGCAGGGGAAAGUUUGCGGUGGUAAAAAAGUGCAUUGAGAAGGCAACGGGGAAGCAGUAUGCUGCCAAGUUCCUGCGAAAGCGACGGAAGGGCGCGGACUGCCGCAUGGACAUAUUAAACGAGAUCGCCGUGCUGGAGUCGGCCAAAGCAAACCCCUAUGUGGUGGCUCUGCACGAGGUCUACGAAACCAACUCCGAAAUCAUCCUCGUUCUGGAGUGUGCCGCUGGUGGCGAAAUCUUCAACCAAUGUGUUGCCGAUAACGACGACGCCUUCACAGAGAAAGAUGUGAUCCGGCUGGCCAAGCAGAUCCUGACUGGUGUGGCCUUCCUGCAUCGGAACAAUGUGGUGCACCUGGAUCUCAAACCCCAGAACAUCUUGCUGACUAGUGCCAGACCUCUUGGGGACAUUCGUAUUGUGGACUUUGGCCUGUCCAGACGCAUGGACAACAUCACAGAAGUCAGGGAGAUUCUGGGUACUCCAGAGUAUGUGGCACCAGAGAUCCUGAGCUAUGAACCCAUUAGCACUUCAACAGACAUGUGGAGUAUCGGGGUCCUGACAUAUGUCAUGCUGACGGGCGAGUCUCCAUUCCUGGGUGACGGCAAGCAGGAGACAUUCCUCAACAUCUCCCAAGUUAAUGUAGACUACUCGCCGGAAACAUUUGAGGGAAUCUCCCCUCUGGCUGUUGACUUCAUCAAGUCCCUGUUGGUUAAAAACCCCAGGAAGAGAGCCACAGCAGAGGAAGGUCUCAACCACCCCUGGCUGAACUCGCUCCCCCAUCCCCAUUCUCAACCGCACCUCCUUGCUAGGUCGGGCUCCUCAUUGGACGAGCCGGAGACAAGCCAAUCUGAGUCGGAGCCUGAGAGCCCGGCUCCCUCCCCUGAGCUGGACUUGAUCGGGUCGUACCUAAUGUGCCCGGGUAAGGGUGAGCUGAAGACGGGCCGUGACGCCUUCUCCUUCAGCGAGCCCCCCUUUCCCACGAGAACUGAGAUACAGCAGGAGCUGAUCUGCUGAGUGACGUUUCACAGGUGGAGAGAGAUUGAAAAAGAUUCAUACUCCACGGAGCAGACGCUGAACGCCAGUGAGCCUGCAGCUUCUUCAGGGCCAUAUGCUAUAUGGAUGCUGUAUGCUUGCCGCUGGCUGCUUCUACUGCUGUGAUGUCUGUGAGCUGGGCUGUGUGUAGUUUGAUACCUCUGUGUGUGUGUGUGUGUGUGUGCAUGUGUGUUUGAAUAAUACACACCACUCCGUGCCGAUUUAUGAUUGCACGGAAGGAAUGUGAGAGGAAUGAAGAAGCAGGAGAAAGGAGUGAGAGAAGACACACAAGAACUUUGUCGCAGGACUGCACUGCUGCCUUAAAAGUGACAGAACUGAACUGGGGUCAGCUUAACACUGUGGCUAGUUCACCCUUUCACGCACACUGGUUUCUCUUUUUACCCAAUUAGCCUUUUUGAACUGGGUUUGAGAAGUGAGGCAGCCUCACGCUUCCUUGAGAAAUGACUUCACCCACUGUGUGCUCUCAUCAAAACAAGUUAUGCUUCAGCUGACCCGGACAUACCUUCUAUGAUGAGUUUUGUUGAAGGAAGUAAAGGGUUUUGACAGAUGGUUCUACUUAAAGAAUUAAAGGACAGCACAUACGCUGAAAUCAACCGUUCCACUGUUUUAUAUGUUUAUUUAUGAGUGUUUGUUGUACCACUUCACCCCCUUGAAUAUUCAAAGCCACAUCAAAGCCUGCGUUUAAGACGGAAAAUAGUAGCAUUCUUAUUUUUUUAAGGACAAUCUUAAGCACUUUUUUUUAUUUUGUUAUUGGACUUCCGUGUAAUAGUAAGAAACCAAAGGCUCAUCAAGCACAGUCAGCUGUCACACGAUGUACUGUACAUAUUAACCAUGUUCCACCACCCACUGUUUUUGGUUUGGUCACAUCAACUUUUUUUUUCACAAAGUGCCACUUUUCAACCUCACUUGUGUUUUUAAUAUUGCCAUUUUUCUUUGUGCAUUUUGUUUUGUUUUAUUUUGUUGGCUAUUGCACAAGUUGCACAAGUUGUUUUUGUACUUAACUGCGAGGUUGCCACUUGAUUUUGUGCUCUUCAAACAUUGUGAAAACAUCAGUCUCGGAAAGAGGGAAUGGCAGGGGUUGAACGCAACAAUUUAAUUUUGAAUGAAACAAUGUCAUGAUCAACUGAAGGGCUCAGAUUUGUAUAAAUAAGUGAUGUUUGCCUUCAGAUGCUUGGGAGCAGAGAAACUGGGAAGAGAUUAAAGUACUGAAAUGUAUAUUGUGAGAUAGUAUUAAUCUGAAAAGAUAAUUGAUGUGUUUUUUUUUUGUUUUUUUUACUAUUGUAUGAAUGUUAACAUCAUUAUAUCAUGUCUUGUUUUGUAUGUUAACUUUUACUUAUUCCUGUUUCUCUUUCUGCUCAUGAAUUUCAGGCAGGUUUGCACUUGUCCUUGUGGACGUAAUGUUAAACUGAAUAAAUGUUGUUGGCAUGCAUUGCAAAAUGUAACGAAGAAAAAAAAAUACAUGCAUUUUGUAUCAAACUC